UUGUCAGAAGUUCAAAAAUCUAACACUCAGCCAACCGGAAGGAGAAAAAUGCAACUGAAUUCGGUUUCCACGUGCGAGCUCUCCCAGCUCCGCCCUUCCUCCCUUCUUCACACCAGAUCCUUCCCUGCAAUGGGCAGAACCUUAGCCGUUGCUCUUCCACAGCCUCCGCCGCCUCUCCGGCUCCCGGCGGCUCCUUCCGUCAACUUCGAUGGACGACUCACAAGCGCCAGCUUCACUUCCUCGAGUUCUAUUUCUCUGGUCGGCCGCAGCUCUCGCUUCGGUUCCCACAAAUGCGCCGCCUCCACUUAUCAACCGAUUGUUGAUCAAUCAGAAAAAUUUCAUGAAGCUGCAAAGAAAGGGAAUCUUAUUCCCUUACACCAAUGCCUACUAUGUGAUCAUCUCACGCCGGUGCUUGCUUACAGAUGCCUGGUAAGGGAAGAUGAUAGAGACGCACCAAGCUUCUUGUUUGAGUCGGUUCAACCCGGUCUGGAUGCUUCCACCGUUGGAAGGUAUAGCAUCAUCGGAGCUCAACCAACCAUAGAGAUUGUGGCAAAAGAGAACAUGGUGACAACUAUGUAUCAUCAUGAGAACCGUAGGGAGGAGCAGAUAGUGGAUGACCCAAUGGAUGUUCCUCGAAGAAUAAUGGAGGGAUGGACACCUCAACUUGUUGAUGAGCUACCAGAAUGCUUCUGUGGUGGAUGGGUUGGUUUCUUUUCUUAUGACACUGUGCGGUUUGUUGAGAAGAAAAAGAUGCCUUUCUCUGCUGCUCCACCUGAUGACAGAAAUCUCCCUGAUAUUCAUCUUGGUCUUUAUGAUGAUGUUAUUGUCUUUGAUCAUGUUGAUAAGAAAGCACACCUGAUUCACUGGGUUCAGUUAGAUCGAUAUUCUUCCAUUGAGGAGGCCUAUAAUGAUGGUAUUGAUCGGUUGAUGAACUUAAUCAGUAGAAUUCAUGAUAUAGCACCUCCAAGGCUAUCUUCUGGUUCAAUCAUGAUGUCAACUAGUCUCUUUGGCCCUAAAUUGGAUGUCUCAAGCAUGACAAAUGAAGACUAUAAGGAGGCAGUAUUGACAGCUAAAGAACAUAUACUAGCUGGUGAUAUUUUCCAGAUUGUAUUGAGUCAGCGCUUUGAGAGACGAACAUAUGCAGAUCCAUUUGAGAUCUACAGAUGUCUGAGAGUCGUCAAUCCUAGCCCAUAUAUGACUUACCUACAAGCUAGAGGGUGUAUACUGGUUGCUUCCAGCCCAGAAAUUUUGACCCGCGUCAAGAAGAACAAAAUCACGAAUCGACCCCUUGCUGGAACUGUUAGAAGAGGAAAAACGCCGAAGGAAGAUCUAAUGUUGGAAACUGAGCUGUUGAACGAUGAAAAGCAAUGUGCAGAACACAUUAUGCUUGUUGAUUUGGGAAGGAAUGAUGUGGGAAAGGUCUCCAAACCUGGAUCAGUAAAAGUUGAAAAGCUCAUGAAUAUCGAGCGCUACUCCCAUGUUAUGCACAUCAGCUCAACGGUCACAGGAGAAAUGCUUGACAACUUAACCAGCUGGGACGUCUUGCGUGCUGCACUUCCCGUCGGCACAGUCAGUGGAGCUCCUAAGGUGAAAGCAAUGGAGCUGAUCGACGAGCUGGAAGUGACCCGGCGUGGGCCAUACAGCGGUGGAUUCGGCGGCAUUUCAUUCAACGGUGAUAUGGACAUUGCCCUUGCCCUGAGAACCAUCGUCUUCCCCACGAGCACCCGGUACGACACCAUGUACUCGUACGCCGACGUCAACAAACGACGAGAGUGGGUUGCUCACAUCCAGGCUGGAGCCGGGAUUGUCGCCGACAGUGACCCUGACGACGAGCAGAGAGAGUGCGAGAACAAAGCUGCUGGUCUCGCACGUGCCAUCGAUCUUGCUGAGUCAUCGUUCGUCAACAAAUAAAACUGAGAUCCCUUGGUUUGGCCUUCAGAGUUCAGUGUAGAAGCUUUGCUCAAGCUUCUGCAAUGCUUUUUUUCUAGGUAGAAGUCAAGCAGGAUUCUUUUCAAUUGUGAGUGGGAAUGGAGGGAAUUGGUGUUAAAGCAAAUGUAUUUGGGCUUGGUACAAGGAGAAUGGGCUACUGAACAAAGCCCAUCUAUUGACUUUGUCCGGCCCAUGAAGCCAUUUUGCAUUGAGCCUAGCUAAAUGAUCGAGUAUGACCUAUGAGUAGUUAGUUGAUGAGAGGUUGGUUCGGUCAGUUAUUUUCCGAGUCUAACAAGUGUGAUUGAGAAAAAGGAAAGGGAACAAAGAAUCGUAACUUCUUUAGUGUUACCCUGAAUAAUCCGACUUUAAUUUAAGUGGGGAUUCGUCUUUGGUUGGAUGAGCUCUCCUAUACCACUAGUCUACUACUACUAUG